GGAGCGAAAUUUACGCGAUGCAAUUUAUUUCUCUUAAUUAUGAAUGAAAAUAUUCGUGAUUAUUGUUGAAAAUGGAAAACGACAUAACUCACAGUUGAAAUAAUUAUUAAAAACCAUUUUCACGGGAAAAUGUCGGGCAUAUUUUAGCGAAAAGCACAUUCGCGAGUUCGAUAUUAUCGCGAGAUGUGUUUAAAACUGGAUUUUGUUAAAUUGUUGUAUUGAUGUAGUUGUUGAGCCUUUCUUGUUGUUCGUUGUUGUUGCAUAGUUAAUCAACGUGUUGUGUCAGAGGUUGUGCUUUAACAUUUUAAGAAAUUUUGCUGACUGUAAAAGAAUAUAUAAUGCGGUAUAAGCGGCGAACUUCUCAAACCACGAGAGCUUCGCGCCAUUCCGACAAGAAAUACACAAUUCAAUUGGACCUGGAUUACUUGGAGCGAGGUGGUGUCGGCAGUAUGACAGUGGGAGGUGCGCCCAGCGUGGAACCUAGUCCAGACAGUCUGGACCUCAUCAAGGUUGUGCUUCUGGGCGCCCCUGCGGUUGGGAAGACGAGUAUUAUUCAGCAAUUCGUGUGGAGUGACUUCUCAGAAGAUUACAUCCCGACUGACCGAAAACACACGUUCUACCCAUCGGUGAUCAUCAACGAGCAUUUGUACGAAGUCAAAAUAACAGAUGUGCCAGUGAUACCCUACUUCCCCAUCAAUUCGUAUUACGAAUGGGCGCAUUACAGAUUUUACGGAUUACGAAAUGCGACGGCUUACAUCCUCGUGUUUGAUCUGUCAAAUGUGGAAACGUUUCAAUACAUACGAACGUUGAGGGAUCAAAUGGUUGAGAGCCGUGACAUGAGGAACGUACCAGUUCUAGUUGUAGGCAAUAAACAGGACCUUCUGUGUAGUACGACGCCCUCUGCUUCGAGUGGUUUACAACAGUUAGCUAUGGCUGAAAGUGCGUGUGGUGACUCUAGAGAGAAACGACGGAACAUUGUCAAUCUUGUCCGUAAACACUGGAAGUGCAGUUACGUAGAGUGUUCAGCUAAAUACAAUUGGCGUGUGAUAGCUGUGUUUAAGGAACUAAUGGAAAUGAUAGAUGCUUUAGAGUGGAGUGGAGGGAGUCGCUCUGAACCUCUGCCAGACUCUUCGACUGGAGGCGGAUCUUCCCAUGAGAACCGUUGUGUAGUUGCUUAGCACUUCUGUAUUGUGAAAUUCGUAUUCGGGACGUUAAAUUUUCGUAGUCGCAAGCAUGAUGAAAAACUCGAAAAUGUGAAACGCAUGCCGUUACAUCAGCAUGAAAGUUUAGACUACCACUAGGCUGAAAAUAAUAGAGAAUUCCACAGACCAGGUAAUCAGGUUAUCAUACUUUGACUUUGCUCAAACUUAAGACACAAAGUGAGAUAGAUAUAGAUUUCUCACAUAAAUAUAUCUCGCUUUAACUCUAAGUAAAGUUCUGAGCAAAGUUAAAAUACGCUCUAUAAAUCUCACCGACCACCGUAGACGCUUGUCCCACCGCCGACCAAGAACCGAUCAAGUAUCGAUUAUUUUCUCACUCAAGAAACGUACAAUCGAUGUUCUGUAUCAAUAAAAGAUAUAAAUACUUACUACUUAUAUUAAUUGUUAUUGAUUGCUGAAUGUGCACACUGCUAGCGAGGAUUCCCUCACCACUUGUUUGUUUCAACGAGAAGAGCUAAAAAAACUCGCUCAACGACGUUCUCUUUGCGAUCAAAACACUUUUCAUAUUAUGUCUCGGCGACCAGUGCAAGUAUAAUCGCCCGUCAAAGCCGAACUCUCACUCAUUUCCCAGCGACAAAAUCAUCUCAACUAAACUCGCUUCUCAUCGCUCACAAACUCUUUUCUAGUUGUUAGCUCAGCUCGUUUCUCGCUAAUCGUCGGCGGUCGGACAACUGCUUUACAUUAGACAGAUCUGCGAACUUUAUCAACUUUUUUUGGGCAUUUAAUAGAAUAAUUAGUAACAGACAAUAUUAAUAUUGUUAUGAUAAUUUACAAUUUAAUCAACCAAAACUUAUUGCAAUAUGAAAAUGUUAUUUAUUGAAUCGCUUUGCCGUUGGCCUUCAAAUAGUUGGCUAUAUCAAGUAGGUAUGUAUUGAAUAUCUAAUUACGUACAACGUUAUUGUUAUUUUAAUGGCAUUGCAGUGUUUAUCUAAUUUAUACAAAAGCAUCUGUUGAUUAAAAUUGUAUUAAUUUUAAAUUUAAGUAAUAUUCUUUAUUAUAACACCGCACCGCAAAACAAUAACAUAACUGAAUCGGUCAUUUCAAAAACCACAUAAGUCUCGAACAUGCUUUUUAUGCUUUGAAUGCUUCCUAAAAGAUAGAUGUAAGAACCUGGAUAAAAACCAUGUAAGUCAGUAUAUUUCUUAUAAAGUUCAAACACUAUUCAGCCCAA